GUACAAGCGACCUCCUUGCCCGUACAGAGCCCGUCUAACCCGUCCAAGAAAAAAAAAUCUGAAAAAACUGAUGUGUAGAAAAAUUUCUAGUAUUGAAGUUACACAAAAUGUUUCGCGUAAUAUAGUCGGUGCUGUCGGUCAGUGUUGUUAGUGAUAUUGGUAGCAUGGGAGCCGUUAUAUUAACUAAAUGAUAAUAUAAGAUGUGUAUAUACAUAUUUAAAUUCUCAGAAAAAGUUAUUGGAGUAAAAUUACUUGUUAUCGUGUAAUUUGGGUCAAUAUCUGCUGUAUUUACGGUUUUACCCAGUGAAUACAGGCGACUUCCAGUUCUCAGUAUUUUGUCUUUGAUUGUCACGAUUUACAUCAAUGAUUAUUGAAACAUAACAUAACAUAAUGAUAAUAUUGUUACAACUAUUAUUAAAGAUCGCGUAGCCGUCCGUGUAGAUAAUAACUACUAAGAAGUGCUAGAAUAGACAACAGCUUUAUUUAAUCGCCGAUUGUGAACCGCGGAUACGCAAUUUAUAGCGUAGAGGUUUUCAAAACUUUCAUCUUUUUCAACUAAUAUGGAUAUAAGGAAUUAUUUCGGUCGAAAACGUUCCCGUCUAGAAGAGACUUCCAACUUGCCUAGGAUUUCUUCAUCUACGAAUACUGUAGAUGCUCAAGUUGAUUCCCAAUCUGAAUCAAACUCAGUAAAGGUGUUAUCAACAUCAACAGUGUCAAUGAAUGAGCUAGAAGAUUUACCUAAAAAAGGAGAACCUAUCAAACAAACAGUUUUGACGCAGUACCCUAAAACUAAAGAUCGUUCUUUUCAAGCAUCAUGGUUCCACGAAUAUAAGUGGUUGAUGUAUUCGGUGGAAAAAGACGCUGCCUUUUGUUAUGCGUGUAUGCAAUUCAAACCAUCAGGAAUGAAAGAUGUUGCAUAUACUUUGAGUGGCUUUAAAAACUGGAAAAAUGCUAAAGAUGCUAAAAGAGGUUUUCCAAGACAUGAAAAGACAGGAUCGCAUGUUGAAGCUAUGAUUAUGUGGGAAGAAAAAAAGAAUCGACAAACUUCAAACACAGAAAUUUCAACUCUUGUCAAUGACAAAACCCUGGAAAAACACAGAUAUUAUUUAAAAUCGAUUUUCGAAGUCGUUCAAUUCCUGGUGAUCAAUGAACUUUCAUUUCGCGGAUCCUAUGACAUUGAUGAGAAAGCUGAACGUGGAUUAUUCAUUAAACUUUUCGAGUUCGCAUUGAAAAAAGACAGAUUUUUAGCUGAAUGCAACGAAACUAUACCAAAUAAUGGAAAAUACACGUCUCCAGAAAUACAAAAUGAAAUCAUUCAAAUCAUGGCGGAAUCUGUUAGAGAAUCAGUAGUUAUUGAUGUGAUGAAAUCUGAUGUUCCAUGGUUUACGCUAAUGGAAGAUGGGACCAAAGACAAAAACAACAGAGAAAACAUAGCUAUCGCUAUUAGAUACGUAAAGGAAGGAAAACCUCGAGAAUCUUUACUCAAUAUUAUCACAACCAAGGAAUUGGACGCUAAAACAUUUACCGAGAAAACUAUUGAAACAUUGCGUGAGAAUAGCAUCGAUCUGUCACGUCUUCUGAGUCAAUGCUAUGAUGGAGCUAAUGUGAUGAGUGGUAAAAAAGGAGGUGUCUCUGGUCUCUUGGAACAACACCUUAAUCGUAAAAUUCCUUACAUACACUGCUUCAACCAUCGUCUCCAUCUCGUCGUUGUAAAAGCAGUGUCUGACAAUGAUUCUCUGAGGGACUUUUUCGACAUGUGUGUGAUGCUACAUGAAUUUUUUCACCAUCCCAAAAUUUCUUCUUUAUAUGAAGGACAGACCAUUGUACGAUUGCUACCGCAACGAUGGUCCGGUCAUUUUGCAAUUACGAAGGUGGUGUCAUCAAACUACUCUGAAAUCAAUCGAGUGCUGGAUCAAGUAGUCACCCAGUCAACACUGUUCAAUGGAGAAGAUAGAGCAAAGAGUAUCGGGAUCAAAACAGUUAUAGAGACGGAAGAAUUUCGAUUUUGCUUGAUUUUUGCAAAAAAGUUUUUGGGGCUCUUACAUCCAGCGGAUGCUGCAAUGCAGUCACGGACAGCGAGCCUGAAAGUCGGGCUUGAUGUUGUAAAGUCAGUUCUUCAACAACUUCAAGUUAUGAGAACAAGCCAAAAGGAAUUCGAGUUGAUUUUAGAAGAUGCGAAUAAGCUCAUACCAAUGAUCGAAUCAACGAACAAUACAAUGUCCAAACGAAAAAUCAAAACAAGUGAGCAUCCAAGCUACAUUACUGAGACCAGAUUACCUUCAUACUCUGCAAAUCACGCAAUUGAUGGGGAUUUACAAAACUCAAAGAUGAAGCUAAAACAAACUUACAAUGAAUGCCUAGAUCUUAUUAUAAAUGAAAUCAAUCGACGCUUCUCAGACAAUCAAGAGCUAGUUACUGCCAUUUCCAGAAUAAGCGAAUUCAAAACUGAUAAUAUGAAUGUUUUCAAGGAACUCGGUUUGAAAGUUCCCAGUGAAGAAGAAUUGGCAGUUGUGAAAAACUUCCUCAUCCAGCGAGAAGCACAGACUGACGAUGGAACUAGAUUAGAGGUACUUUUCAGAUUUCGUGAAGCUUUCCUUGAAACGUACGAAUUGAUGGCAGCUGUUGAGACAUUUGGGUGUAGUACAGCAACUUGCGAAUCAACUUUUUCAACAUUGACUGCAAUCAAUAGGCCACAGCGCUUGUCAAUGUCCCAUGCUCGCAUGGCUGAUCUAGUGUACUUGGCUUUCGAACGACAUCGCACAAGUGCAUUGAAUAUCGAUGUAGUUCUCCGAAAAUUUAAUGAUAGGAAAAAUCGUAAACUGGCAUUGUACCAAGUUACCUAA